GCGCGCUCGCUGGCCGCUAACACCACCGCCUCCUGUCCUCCUCUCCUCUUCCUCCUCCACACGCCGACGACACGCACUCCGGCCAUCGAUCGACCAUGGAGAUGGAGGGCGACGCGCCGCAGUCGCACCGGCUGCUGCUGCACGGCAUCAGCCUCGACCUGCGCCUCGACACGGCCACGGCCGCGCACCAGCACCAGCAGGGGCAGCGCGGCGCCCGGCGCCCGGCAUCCCCUCCCCCUGCUGCUCCCGCGGCCUUCGACAACGCCGGCAGGGAGGCCUUCGCCUGCAACUACUGCCACCGCAAGUUCUUGAGCUCGCAGGCGCUCGGCGGCCACCAGAACGCGCACAAGCUCGAGCGCACCCUCGCGAAGCGCAGCCGCGACGUCCCCUCCCCAGCCGUCGCCACCACGACUGCUUCCUCUUCCACGGCCGCCCACUGGCUCCACGCCGGCCGCGGGGAGCUCUGGGGUUACUCUGCUUCGGCCCCUGCUCCGGACUCCGCGACGAUGGCGCCACUGAUGAGCAUGGGCAUGGGCUGGGCUGGCACUGGCAGCACCGCAGCGGCAGGCGGAGAGGCGGUGGCGGAGAUGGACCUGUCGCUCAAGCUCUGACGAGCUAAUUUAACACUAGAUUCCAGAGGCAGUAUGUGGAUGGAUUGGUCUAGCUUGUCAACAAAUACUUACUACUAGGUAACUGUAGUUGUUGCAUGCAUGCACCUGGCGAUUGAUUAACUAUUCGAGUUAUAUGCAAUUGAUUGUUUCAGCUCACCGUGCGCGCCAUUAUGUGUAAACUUAACUAGAUUACUGGAUAACACAAAGCCCU